AUGGGUGACUUUGAGAUACCAUGGGUAGAAAAAUACAGACCUCAAGUUUUAGAAGAUGUCGUAGGCAACGAACGAGCAAUUCAGCAGCUUAAUUCAAUUGCACUUCAAGGCAACAUGCCAAACCUUCUCCUUGUUGGCCCUCCAGGUUGUGGCAAAACUACUAGCAUCUGAUGUUUAGCCCGCCAAAUGCUAGGGGAUUCUGUAAAGCAAGGAGUCUGCGAGCUUAAUGCUUCAGACGAGCGUGGUAUUGAAGUUGUCAGAGAAAAAAUCAAAGCUUUUGCCCAACAAAAAGUAAAUGUCCCUCCCAACAUGCACAAAGUCAUCAUCCUCGAUGAAGCAGAUUCCAUGACAGCAAGUGCUCAGCAGGCUCUACGAAUGAUUAUGACUGACUAUACAAAUACCACAAGAUUUGCUUUAGCCUGCAACGACUCUUCUAAAAUAAUAGAAGCUAUCCAAUCCAGAUGCGCCAUUUUGAGAUUCACAAGACUUAACGACGCUGAGGUGCUACAAAGAUUAUUAAGGAUUACAGACCAAGAAAGUGUCACAUACGACGACAAAGGCAUGGAAGCUUUAGUUUUUACUGCAGAAGGUGACAUGAGAAAUGCAAUUAAUAACCUGCAAGCAACUGUAUCAGCUUUUAACGUGGUCAAUUUUGAAAAUGUUUUCAGAGUUUGUGACCAGCCUCACCCUGAUUUGCUUAAAAGCGUGAUUCAAAAGUGCACAGAAGGCCAGUUUACGACAGCAGCAGACAGUUUACAAGUUUUGUGAAUUCAAGGAUACUCACCAUUAGAUAUCAUUGGAUCUCUCUAUAGAGUUGUUACAAAUUUUAGUAUGAAUGAGCACAUGCAGCUGAGAUAUCUCAAAGAAAUCGCAGUACUAAGAAUGAGGAUGCUUGACGGGGUCUGCACUUUAUUACAAGUGCACGGAUGCCUUGCAAAGCUGUGCGAGAUAAGCUUGUGUCAAUCAUAA